GGUACUCAGAUCCAUAUUGGGUUAGUUUAGUCUGACAUUGCUGACCAUUCCAUGACCUCAAGAUUUAUCAACCUAAACUGCUUUUAUCCGCAGGCAUCGGCUGUCCAGGAAGUUUGCUGUUGCAACACUGUACUGUACUGAAACGCUUGAUUGUGACAGUGUCCACAUCAUGCCAAAGCCUGGUGACCUUAUUGAGAUUGACAGGGGAGUAUACAAACACUGGGCCUUAUACAUGGGGGCUGGCUAUGUCAUUCACAUUGUACCUCCAUCUGAGGUAGCAGGGGCUGGUGUCCAUAGCCUGAUGUCAGUGGCACAUAAUGCAGCCAGAGUCCAACUGGACCCCUUAGAGACUGUGGCUGGGACAGACUCAUAUUGUGUCAACAAUUUGCUGGAUUCCGAGUAUGUGCCCAGGGACAUCGAUGAAAUACUGAUGGAAGCCAAGAGUAUGGUGGGCUGUGUUUUACGCUACGAUAUCAUCAGUUAUAACUGUGAGCAUUUUGUCACCAAUCUAAGAUACGGGAAGCCAGAAUCACGACAGGUUCGUAAUGCCCUGUAUGGACUGGCGGCAGUAGGAGGAUUGGCACUUGGUGCCAUAGCUGCAGCUUUCAUCUUAGGAAAUGGGAGGAAAGAGAAGAAAACAAAAGAGCACCGUCCCAGUUACUAUUAA